AUGUCUUCCGAUGCGCCAUCAUCGCCACCGACCAACAACAGCUCGAGCAAUGGCGCCGGCGCUGCAAGCUUCCUGGAAUCCACUUAUCGCCGGAGCAACAGCACCACCACGACCGUAGCUGGCGCAGUUUCACCGCCACCCCCGAGCAGUACCGGUCGGCAUCGUCGUCUACCGCCAACACCGGAGCAGCGCCCAUCGGCACGGCGCUGCUCCUCGCCACGAUUUCUGCCGACGCCACCAUCGCCAGCUGCUGCACCGCUGGAUUUCUUCGGUCUCGGCUCGGCAGCAGUGCUGGAGCGACGGCCGUCCAGCGGUCGGCGUCUUCCGAAACCACCGAACGUAGCGAUGAACGCCGCUUCAGCAGCAGCAGUUACGCGGUACAGCAGUGUUGAAAGUGACGCCAACACUGCCCGUGCUGUUGCUGCUAAUGGAUGGCCGUCACCGAUCAGAGCAGAGCGGAAAUUCUCGGAGGUACGGAGGAGGAAUUCGCUGGAUGUAAGCGGCGCUGCUGCCGAAGACGUGGGUGAUAGCUCAGUUCCACCGUGCGCGCUCUUCGCCACUGCUAACGUAGUAAGCUCGUCUCAACGGCGCCCGCAGCAACAGCAGCCGGUCACAGCCAGAGCAGCAGGAUUCAGUCAGUCCCGAGGUUCGCUGGAUCAUUCCAGUGGUACUCCCUCCAGUACAAAUGCUCGCUCACGAAGCUCAUCACUGUCACCGUCCAAUGAACAGAAUGAAUAA